AUCACUUUUUUUCAACAAGCUCAGUGGCACAAUUCCUGCUGAAAUUGGCAACCUUGCAAAACUGAACAUUCUAUCACUUUCGGUCAAUCAGCUCAGCGGCACAAUUCCUGCUGCUGUCGGCAAGCUUGCAAAACUGAUCUCUUUGUAUCUUCCUAGCAAUCAACUCAAUGGCACAAUUCCCAUUGCAAUAUGCCUCCUUACAAACCUGCAAACCCU